CUGAAUUACCGGCAGAAGACGCAAACUUACCCUGCCUGAUCUUUCGUGUGUGGGAAUGUACCGGACACUGCGUGGGAAAGUAGGGUCCCACAAGUAUAUUUCGGGAAUGUCUAAGGGUUUGGAGCCCCAUCAUAGAACGUAGUUUUGGAUCUGUCGGCGUACGUGUGCUGCUUGGGACAGAUUUGAAUUGUUUUUCCUACACAGAAUGAAGUGACACUGCAUAAUUCAUUCUCUGGAUCUCUAAAAUCAGGCUCCACAGAGCAUAUACAGAGACUAUCGUCGGUUCUAGAAGACCUUAAGGCGGGGAGGCGUGGGGUGGGGCAGGGAGCAUGGCUGAACCACGCCGAGACAGCACCAGCAGCCUGCAGAGGAAGAAGCCGCCCUGGCUUAAACUGGACAUCCCUACCGCUCAGAUGUCUCUGGAUGAGCCGCCCACCUUUGUCCAGCCUGUGAAGCGGCAGGGUUUCCUGCGCAGCAUCAGCAUGCCGGUGGAGACGUCCCAUCUGCCCUCCCCGCCGCGCGACCUCUUUGACCCCCGCCGUGCCCCCCUGCAGCGCCAGUCCUCCAUCACCCAGACCAUCAAGAGGGGCACGGCGGACUGGUUCGGCGUGAGCAAGGAUGGCGACGCCACGCAGAAGUGGCAGCGGAAGAGCCUGCGCCACUGCAGCAUGCGCUACGGGAAGCUGAAGCCGGCGGUGAUCCGCGAGAUGGAGCUGCCCAGCCAGGACAACAUCUCCCUCACCAGCACCGAGACGCCGCCGCCGCUAUACGUGCCCUCCUCACAGCAUGGCAUGCAGAAGAUCGUUGACCCGUUGGCGCGCGGCCGGGCCUUCCGCAUGGUGGAGGAGGUGGACGGCUACAGCGUGCCGCAGACUCCCAUCACCCCCGGCGCCGCCUCGCUCUGCUCCUUCACCAGCUCGCGCUCGGGCUUCGGCCGCCCGCAGCGGCGACGGAAGAGGGAGUCGGUGGCCAAGAUGAGCUUCAGGGCUGCAGCUGCACUGGUCAAGGGUCGUUCACUAAGGGAGAGCACGGCAACGACGACGACUCUUCGUCGGGCUCAGAGGAGGAGCUUCACUCCGGCCAGCUUCAUUGAGGAGGACGUGGUGGACUUCCCCGAUGAGCUGGACACCUCCUUCUUUGCAAGGAAGUACCUGUCCUCUCUGUAUGUCUCGGCUCAGGACGCGUUCAUGCACGACGAGAUGUCCACCUUCGCCGACGAGGUGUUCGAGUCGCCGUCGGACGCCACGCUCAAGGACUCGGACCUGAGCAAGCAGCUGGACGAGUCGGACUUGACGGGCAGCGCGCUGAACAAGAGCGACCUGGAGAGGAGCCACCUCAUGCUACCUCUGGAGCGCGGCUGGCGUAAGGCCAAAGAGGGAGCUCCGCCGCCGCCUCCGAAGGUGCGCUUACGUCAGGAGGUGGUCAGCGUGAACGGUCAGCGUCGGGGCCAGCGCAUCGCCCUGCCCGUCAAGAAGCUGUUUGCCCGCGAGAAGCGGCCGUACGGCCUGGGCAUGGUGGGCAAGCUCACCAACCGCACCUACCGCAAGCGCAUCGACAGCUACGUCAAGAGGCAGAUAGAGGACAUGGACGACCACAGGCCUUUCUUUACGUACUGGAUUACGUUUGUGCACCUGCUCAUCACUAUCCUGGCUGUGUGCAUAUACGGCAUCGCUCCAGUUGGCUUCUCCCAACACGAGACUGUCGAUUCUGUUUUACGAAAUAAAGGGGUUUAUGAAAAUGUCAAGUUUGUGCAACAGGAAAACUUUUGGAUUGGACCAAGUUCAGAGGCGCUGAUACACCUGGGAGCCAAGUUCUCGCCCUGCAUGCGACGGGACCAGGAGGUGCAUGACUUGAUCGAGGCGAAGCGCGCCAUCGAGCGGAACUCAGCCUGCUGUGUGAGAAACGACCGAUCGGGCUGCGUGCAGACCUCCGAGGAAGAGUGUUCAAGCACAUUGGCUGUAUGGGUGAAAUGGCCCAGGCAUUCGAGCACCCCACAACUGGAAGGGCAGGAUCGGCAGUAUGGCUCAGUCUGCCACCAGGACCCCAGGAUAUGUAUGGAGCCAGCCUCUGUAGCGCCACACGACUGGCCUGAUGAUAUCACCAAGUGGCCCAUCUGCACCAGGUACAACACGGGUAACCACACCAAUCUGCCUCACAUCGACUGCACCAUCACCGGACGGCCCUGCUGUAUCGGCACUAAAGGGAGGUGUGAAAUCACCUCCCGGGAGUACUGUGACUUUAUGAGCGGCUUCUUCCAUGAGGAGGCCACCCUCUGCUCUCAAGUGCACUGCAUGGAUGACGUUUGCGGACUGCUGCCGUUCCUCAACCCUGAGAUCCCCGACCAGUUCUACCGGCUCUGGCUCUCGCUCUUCCUGCACGCUGGGAUCCUGCACUGCCUGGUGUCCGUGUGCUUCCAGAUGACCAUCCUGAGGGACCUGGAGAAGCUGGCGGGCUGGCUGCGCAUAUCAAUCAUCUACAUCGUCAGCGGCAUCACAGGCAACCUGGCCAGCGCCAUCUUCCUGCCCUACAGAGCUGAGGUGGGGCCGGCGGGCUCUCAGUUCGGCAUCCUGGCCUGCCUGUUCGUGGAGCUCUUCCAGAGUUGGCAGAUCCUGGAGCAGCCGUGGCGCGCCUUCACCAAGCUCCUGUGCGUGGUGCUCUUCCUCUUCGCCUUCGGCCUGCUGCCGUGGAUCGACAACUUCGCCCACCUGGCCGGCUUCGUCUCGGGCUUCUUCCUCUCCUUCGCCUUCCUCCCGUACAUCAGCUUCGGCCGCAUGGACAUGUACCGCAAGCGCUGCCAGAUCAUCGUGUUCCUGGUGGUGUUUACGGGCCUGUUCGCCGGCCUUGCGGUGCUCUUCUACGUCCACCCCAUCAAGUGCGAGUGGUGCGAGCUGCUCACCUGCAUUCCCUUCACGGACAAGUUCUGUGAGAAGUAUGACCUCAACGCGCACAUCCACUGAAAGAGGCGUGUGUGCCGGGAGACAGCCACCGGGCUGGCGGGGGGGGGGUUCGGGCUCGUGGGGGUAACGUGCCCCACAGGACGGGGAGCGAGAGACCACCCUCCUCCUCCUGCCCCCCCCCCCCCCUCCCCCGCCGCCAUCACCAUCGAGGGGCUGUGCCUGCUCCUGCCUCUCCUCUGUAAACUCUUGACUCUAUAUGCUUGUGUGUCUUUUUUUAUCAGCCACGUCUUGAAUGCCACUCUCACUGUCGUGAGGACUUUUGUUUUGUUUUAUUUUGUUUUGUAAAAGAAAAAAAAAAUAGAAUCCCCAAAUAAUGUCACUCUUUUUCUCAGUAACUGAGGGGGGUGUCUCUUUGUCAAUCAUCUGUGAAACAGAAAAGAAAAUCAUAAACCCUUACGUUCACAAUCAAUGUAAUGCCUGUAGGAUUGAAGGAUUGAAAAACAAAUUAUGUGUCUCUUUUAUGUUGUGCUAAGGUUGAAUGGUUUUCAGAAUCAUUUAUCAAAUCUAACUCGCUCACUUGUUCAGGCAACCUCAGAAUCCAGGGAUAAAACACACCUUACAGUUAAAAAACCUUUGGUGCCUUGUUGAUAAAUGUACCUACUACUGCCAGAUUUUCGUUACAUUUUGAGCACUCAAAUGGUAUCCUUUUAUUUGUUUUAUUGCUUCUGAAGAAGUGAUGAUGGAUUGCAUCGGGGUAGUGUUUUAACUACCCACUUACUCACUUGUAACAAAAUACAGCUGAAUGCAAAACAA